AUGCACAUUAAAGAGGUCAAUAUUUCUGGAUUUCGUAGUUAUCGGGAAGUGACCAGUAUUGACUGUUUCUCUCCAAAACACAAUGUGAUCGUCGGACGCAAUGGCAGUGGGAAGUCGAACUUUUUCCUUGCGAUUCAGUUUGUGUUGAGCGAUGAGUUCAGUAAUCUGCGAUCUGAACAAAGACUGGGUGUACUGCACGAGAGCUCUGGUCCUCGCAUCAGCACGGCUCGUGUCGAGAUCGUCUUCGAUAACACGGAUAGAAGAAUUCCAGCCAUCGAGCGUACAGAAGUGCGCGUGGUUCGACAAGUUGGUCAGAAGAAGGACCAGUACUACAUCGAUGGCAAAAUGGUGCUGCGUACUGAGGUCAUCAAUCUGAUGGAAUCGGCUGGUUUUUCUCGUUCGAACCCCUAUUACAUUGUCAAACAAGGGAAAAUCAAUGAGCUGGCAAUCGCUUCUGAUUCUCACAGGCUGAAAUUGCUUCGGGAAGUUGCUGGAACUCGUGUUUAUGACGAGCGUAAGGAUGAAAGUCUCAAAAUCCUGAAAGAGACGCACAACAAAACAAAGAAGAUUGAGACAUUACUGUCUUACAUCGACGAGCGUUUGAAGACACUAGAAGAAGAGAAAGAAGAUUUAAAGGAGUAUCAGAAGUGGGACAAAAUGAAAAGGUCGAUAGAGUACACCAUAUAUGACACCGAAGCUAAUGAGACGCGGAAAAAGUUGGAGAGAUUGCUGGAUCAGAGGGAAGAGCUUAAUACACGUCAAACAAAGGAAGCUCUUAUAGCUGAACAAGCGGAGCGUUUUGAGAAGAAAGCUGAACUUUCAUUGUUGAUAAACGACUUGAAAGAAGAUGUUGAGAAGUUGGUGGUUAUUUUAAACGUUAAGUUUUAUUUUCAAACUGAACGUUUAGCAGUUGUUAAUUUUAGGGAAAAGAGCGGUCGUAACAAAGCUGAAGAUGUGCUGAAUCAAGUAAAGGCAGACAUACGUGAAAAAGAAGAGGAAUUGGAAAUAAUCACUCCAAAAUAUCAAAAACUUGUUGAGCAAGAAUCAGCUCUGUCAUCAGAUAUACGUAUUGCUGAAACAAAAUCGAAGGAGCUGUUUGCGAAGCAAGGUCACAAAGACCAGUUCAAAUCGGCAGAAGAACGCGACGCAUAUUUGCGACGUGAAGUUCGUCACUUCACUCGACAAAUUGGUGAUACUGAAGAGCAAAUGAAGGACAUUGAGAAAAGUCUUGAAGACGAGGAGCUCGGAGUUGAGCUUCAGGAGAAUCAUAUUCGUAUGGACAAAGCCAGUUCAGAACACGGUCGUUUGAAACAGGAAUUUGAUAGAGCUAUGGUUGCUCAACUCGAUGCAACCCGUGAAGAAAAAGAAGUACGGGAGCAACUGAACACGAUAAAUGGUGAGAUAUCCCAGAUGGAACAACAAAUGCGUUGUCUUGCAGCCAAGUCUAUAACAAAUGGCGUUGACGGCGUACGACGGGUUGUUCAAUGGUUCCGAGAUAACAACCUUGACGGACGUCAUGAUGAUGUUGUUAAGGGGUAUCACGGUUAUUUCAUUUCCCACUGCAUUGAUGAGAGGCUUGACUGCUGGAAAUCGGCUGCUAUUUCACGUUUAGCUCCUCCACGAAAAGAAUAUCAAGAUGCAGUAUGUUUGCUCUAUCUCUUUAUGGUUUCACAAGAAGAGCAGCAAAAGGAUUUGGAAGCUCAGCUGGCCGACUUUUCUAAACAAGCUGAUAUCAUCUUUACAAAGCAGAGCACUUUGCAAGCAAAACGAGAAGAGAAUGUGAAGAAGAUCCGUGAACUUGGUUCGUUGCCAACAGAUGCAUUCUCGAAAUAUCAAGGAAUGUCUACAAAGCAAUUGGAGAAGAAGUUGGCCGAAUGUAUGCAUGAAUUGAAAAAGUAUGAAAAUGUUAAUAAAAAGCUCUGUAGAGUCAAAGCAUUACGACGAUCAACAGAAGAGUCAGAAGGCGAGGGAGAUUUAAUACAAGUGCUUGAUACUAGAAAAUAUGAUGCUAUUCAGUUAACAUUCAAACAGGUUUCGAAGAAUUUCGCUGAGGUGUUCAAGAAAUUGGUACCAAACGGCUCGGGUUCACUGGUGAUACAGACAAAUAAGGAUGUUUCGUUCGACGGCAAUUCUGAAACACGAGAAAUGGUGCAACUGUCGGGUGGCCAAAAGUCGUUGGUUGCACUAGCACUCAUAUUUGCUAUUCAAAAAUGCGACCCUGCACCGUUUUACCUCUUCGACGAAAUUGAUGCUGCUUUAGAUGGUCAGCAUAGGGUAGCGGUUGCUGAUAUGAUCCACGAGCUUGCGGAGAACGCUCAAUUCAUCACCACAACUUUUCGGCCUGAACUGCUCGAAUCUGCUGAGAAGUACUAUGGAGUGAAGUUUAGGAAUAAGGUUUCUCAUAUCGAUGUGGUAACCAAGGAACAGGCUUACGAUUUUGUUGAGGACGAUACAACACAUGGCUAA